AUGUACAAUUAUAUGAAUGGAAGAUCCAAGCAAAUAGAUGACCUCUUUAAAAGACUUGGCCUUGAUGUAAACUUUCAGAACAAACUCACAAAAGGAUGCUUCCUGGAAAUAUCCUCCUCAUCAAUACAGAAUAAGGAGUCCAAAACUGAGAAGGAUCUGGUUCACAGUUUCAUGCAAAGGCUUCUCACACUAGAUUACACAGCAAAACAUCUUUCUGUUAAAACUGAAGGACCAGUACCAAAGUCUAAACACACAGCUGGAAAAGGUAGCUUUGUUGCAUUUUUAAAGAAAAAUGCUGGAAACAAAGAAAACAAACCUACUCAUGUUCAUCCAAUGGAUGUUCAGAUGGCAGUGUUCUUCUGUGCAGAUCCCUUUCUUCAGCAGAUCAUGGUAACUAAGCUCUCUCAGUGUCAGUAUGCAGUUCCUCUGCUGGUUCCAAAUCCUUUCACUGAAAAUACUGAAUUCCCUCUGUGGACGAUGCGCCAGAUCAGUAAGAGCUGGAAGACUAUGGAUACUUCUGGCAGAGUCACCAGUAAGACCCUGCCCAUGUACAAAGCUCAAACUCCAGUGGUCACGUUCUUCAGGAUUGGUUCGAUUUCUUCAUCAAAGUCUCAGCUGAUGAACAGGCUGAUCAAUGAGAAGCACGACACGUUCUUCCACAGGGACUGUCCAGGCAGCAGCAGAGAGCGUCUACUGAUGGAUGGAGUGGUGGAGAUCGCCUGGUACCUCCCAUCUGGAAAAAUCACUGAUCAUUUCUCAGACUGUGUAGCGUUCUGUAAUCUACAUGGAGAUUCCAGCAUCAACGAGACUCAGAGAAAGAUUCUUACUGAAAUGUCCUCUGUGAAUGUUGUACUUUUACCUCAACUUGAUGAGAAUGAUAAUAAUAUGGUUAUUGUACAAGAGCUUUUUGAGAGUUCAAAACCUCUCAUUAUUGUUCUGACUGAUGAAGAUGAUGAGGGUGAAGAUGAUGUUUGUGAGAUCGAAGAGGGAAAAUUCAGAGUAUCACUGAAGGGCAGAAACCAGUCUGAUGUUUCUGUUUGUCUUAGAGGAGUUAUCAAGAACUGCCUCUCAGAACAGGCUGUGACCUUCAGUCUUGAGAAGAUAACAGAAGAACACAGAGAGUUGAAGGUGGAUGAGGAGAAUGAAGACUGUCAGAGAGGAAAGGAAGCUGCACAGGAGAUGAUGAGAUUCCUGGAGAGAAAAGAUCCAUCAACAGUUAAAGAAAAGUAUCUGCCCUGUCACGGUAAACUGUGGCAUGACUGGAGCCAGAAUAACAAAGACUUGCGACGACUCAAAAGUGAGAACAUAGAAUCUGAGAAAAGUGAGAAAGAGAAUAAGUUAACAGAAAUAAGAAAGAAACAGCAGAAUCAUGGUUUCAGUGAACUCAUGAAGUUGUUUGUAGGAAGUUUAAGGUCACUGUCAGACACGGAGAAAAUGUAUUUCCUCAAGUGGACGACAAUCCUGCUGGAUGAUUUCACUUUACACAUACUUUCAAACAUCCUUCAGGAGUACGAUCAAAAAUGGUCAGACGUGCUGGCUUUGAAGAGAACACACAAUAAAGAAAAUGAAACUUUACAGAAAAUGAAAUCUGAACAACUAAAUCUAGAAAAGAUCUCCAACAAGCUUAAUGCUGCCACAUUCGGUUUGGAGCACAUGCUGAGAGAGAUGGGUCAGAUUCAUGAAGCUUCAGUCUCUGAGAGAAGAGAGGAUAGAGUGAAGGAUGGAGAUCUUUCUUACCUUCCUGAACUUGCUGCUGAACUUAUGAUAUCUGGCCACCCGAUGGAGCUGAUGGACGGUGAUGCUGCUCAUGUUCCUCUGGUCUGGGUUUCAGCAGUUCUGGAUAAGGUCAUCAGAAAACUGGGAGACCAGAGAGUCUUUGUGUUGUCAGUUCUGGGAAUUCAGAGCUCAGGGAAAUCCACCAUGCUCAACGCCAUGUUCGGACUCCAGUUUGCAGUCAGUGCUGGAAGAUGCACCAGAGGAGCCUUCAUGCAGCUGGUGAAAGUGUCUGAAGAGAUGAAGGAGGAACUGAAGUUUGACUACAUUCUGGUUGUUGAUACUGAAGGUCUCAGAGCUUUAGAGCUGGCUGGAACAGAUACUCUACAUCAUGAUAAUGAACUGGCAACAUUUGUAGUGGGGCUUGGAAACAUGACUUUGAUCAACAUCUUUGGAGAAAACCCAUCAGAGAUGCAGGACAUUCUUCAGAUUGUUGUUCAGGCCUUUAUGAGGAUGAAGAAGGUCAGACUGAAUCCCAGCUGUGUGUUUGUUCAUCAGAAUGUUACUGAUGUUGCAGCUGGAGAGAAAAAUAUGGAUGGUAGAAGACGAUUACAGGAGAAACUGGAUGAAAUGACCAGAUUAGCUGCUAAAGAUGAAGUGUGUGAUGCAGAAUGUUUCAGUGAUAUCAUUGCAUUUAAUGUACAGAAGGAUGUGAAGUACUUUUCUCAGCUCUGGGAGGGCAGCCCACCCAUGGCUCCACCAAACCCACGCUACAGUGAAAAUGUUCAGGACCUGAAGAGAGACAUUGUUUCUCGUGCAUCAAAAACAAACUGCAUGAAAUUAUCACAGUUUCAGCAGCGAGUGAAAGAUCUCUGGGAGGCUCUGCUGAAUGAAAACUUUGUCUUCAGUUUCAGGAACACACUGGAGAUAUCAGUGUACAGGAAACUGGAGGUGGAGUAUGAGAAAUGGACCUGGAGUCUCAGGAGUGCCAUGCUGAGUAUAGAAGACAAGAUACUGAACAGAAUUUCCAGUGGAAAAGUGGAAGCAGUAGAAAAACAAGAGCUGAUGAGAGAAAUGUCAGAAACCCUGCAGGAAGUCCAAACAGCAUUUAAAGAGUAUUUUGAAGAAGACAGUGAAAAGGAAACUCUGAUUCAGUGGAAAACCAGAUUUGAGAAACAAAUACAACACCUCCAUGAUGACCUUGUAGAUGAGGCCAAAAGAAAACUGGAUGAAAACAUCAAACAGAAAAACAUUCUGAAAAAUCUAGAUGACAAACUGAUAAAUCAUGAGAAUACUCUCUUUGAAAAGAGUAAAGAACUCGCUCUGGAUCUUAAAGAAAAUGAGAGUCAAAACAGAGACCCAAAAGCACAAUUUGAUUCAGUGUGGGGAAAUUGGGUCACUGAAUUAACUAAUGAUGUUCCAGAAAUCAAAGAUGUAAACAUCCCAGAGGAUGUCCUUAAAAUUCUGGAGGAGUCUUAUGAAUAUGGUCUUAUUUUUAAUCAAAAGAAGAGAGCAGGGUACAUAAAGAUUCACACUGUUGCUGAUUACAGCAGUUAUGUUUCUAUGAAAAGGGUCAAGUUGGGACCUGUUCCUUUAUGGGAAAAGUCUCUCAAACCAGAAGAUCAGACAUUGAUACGACAGCUGAUUUCUAAAGUCAUCCAACAAACAACAGAAAAAGUGAAUUCAUUUCCAGUCUCAGUGCAGGGAUACAGCUCAGGCUACAUCCAUGUGAUUGUACGAGAUGUCAAACAACGAGUGCAGGAGUUUAAACCAAGACACGACUCCUUUGAGUUUAAGAAAGAGUUCUUUGUAGAUCUCUCUCUUUAUGUGUGUGAACAAGCUGAGAAACGCUUUGUAGAACUUCACAGGAAAUACAGAGAAGCAAAUGAUCCAAUUCUUCACUUCAAAAAGAAAAAGGAUGAUUACUUCAAAGUCUUUAUGAAAUACUAUCAAGGUGCAACAUCUGCAGCAGUGCUUGGAGACCAAAUCUGUGUUAAACUGAAAGAAGCAAUCCUGCAGAGUGUGUACAACAUGAUCGCUAAAUUCAUCUGUGAUCAGAUGAGAGGAAAACCUCCAUUUAAUGGGAACAGAGGAGAUCUGGAGAAGCACAUUCUGAAGUCUCUGGCAGAGCAGGAGGGAGAUAAGGAGGAGAAGUUUAAUAACUUCUUAACAUACAUGAACCAGCCGAAGAUUCACUUUGAAAAUUUCAUCAGAGACAGAGUUAGACAGUACAUGGCAGCAGAAAAUCCUCAGGCAGCUUCUGUAAUAAAAGAACACAUCAACCACAAACAGAUAAUUGUCAUCAGUGGAGCAGAAGCAGCAAAAGAUGAGGUCAAAUCUAUAAAAGGAGACGUGAACAAGUGGCUGGAGAUUUUCUCCAACAGUCUUGUAGACGAUUUAGGAGAUACUAAAGUUCAUCUGAGUGAUAAAGUCACCAAGGAUGUCACUGAUUAUGAUGUUCUCGUAGAUGUUAUUAAAAAAGAGCUAUUGGUCGUUGUUGAAGAGCUGAAAGGAAGCUUCUGUAAGCUUUCUGAUCUGAGAAAGGAGAUGUUCAGAGAAAAGCCUGAGGAGAUUCUGAUCAAACACUUCUGCAGGUGCUGCUGGAAUCAGUGUCCCUUCUGUGGAGCCGUCUGUACCAACAGUCAAGAAGAUCACACUGGAGAUCAUCAGGCUGAAUACCAUCGCUCAGGUGGAAUGAAAGGGUGGCAUUAUAGAGGCACAAGAGAAUUUUCCAUAGACUUUUGCACAACAAAAGUAGCAAGUGACAGAUCAUUUUACCCUGAUUUUUCUGAGUCUUCUGUCCCUUACAAUAAGUACAGAACAGCAGGAGGAGAUUAUGCUAAAUGGAUGAUCUCCACAGAUUCUCAGCUGACCUACUGGAAAUGGUUUGUUUGUGAAUUCAAGGAAAACCUUGAAAAUGACCACAAACUAUAUUUCAGUGGAAGAGGAAAGAUUCUGCCUGAAUGGAAAAACUUCAGUCAGUCUGACGCAGUUGCAAGUUUAGGAAUAAGUAAAUAAACUGCAACAGUUCUG